AUGUCUUCGACCGCAACGUGUGUAGUCAUCAAUGGAUCCAAUGGUGACACCGACUCGGAGGACAUCCAUUGCUUCGAUCACAUCGAGGAUAUCGUAGACAUGGAGGACAUCGAAGACAUUGCCAUAGAUUACGAUCAGAUGAGAGACCUAUUGGUGUUCACUUCAGAUGAUAUGAACAAUGGUUUGGAUGGAAGACAAUUGAAUCCAAUUGAGUGUCAAUUAAAUGCAGAUCUCAUUGAGGAGUACUUCAAACCCAAUGACAUCUCGAAAGUCUUGGAAAUCAUCGAAACUGUGGACACAACUCGUGAGACAAUCAAUGACGUGAAUACAAGUGACAAUUGUGUCAUUGAAAGUCGGGAUAACAACACAAAUGGCGUUAAUUUGAUCCCAAAACGCAAGAAACAGAAGACUAGUGACACUAAAUCGGGAAAACAGUUGAGGUUUUUGUUCGAGAAGUUUGGUCUUCGAGUCAAUGAUAAGAGUCGUACGAAUGGUACGAAUGGCUCACAAGUUGUCGACAAUUCUGGAAGAAUUCACACCAGAAGUCAAACCAACUCUAAGGCCAGGCCAUCGAAAUCAGAUGAAACUCUUAGCCAACCAACGGAUCAGUCGUCCAAUCAGGUGAAGACAAUUGUGUCCAAAAGUAAUCCCAAACCCCAUUCAAAGACACAAAUGUUGGCGAAUAAGGACUCAAAUAAUGAAAGAAAUGUUUUAAAUGACGGAAAUCUCACCAAAAAUGACAAUCAAUGCCAUCGAAGACAACUCAAUGGAAACCAAUCCAAGAAAUUGGUGCCAAACAAUGGUUUUAAGCCUAAGAUUAUGGCCUUUCCUAAUCACGUUAUUCAUAAUUACUCGAAAUCAUGUGAAAAAAUUGUGGAACCGAUGGAACCGAUGUGUGCGAAGACAUCUAAUGAUAAUACCGUGACGGUUAUGUCCACCAAAUGUGACAAUCAGUUGAAUUCAAGUUCAAGAAGUGAUUCAAGGGCUGAAGGGUCGGUCGCUAAAAUACACGUAAAUACUGUUGUGAAUCACCCUUCGGUCCACAUCUACACCAAUCAGCCAAAGGCCGCACUCGACAUAACUGUCGGCCCAAUAGUCACUACAAAUAGACUAAUUAUCUUCUGA